CACUCCAUUCCAACACCAUAAAUACCCCUUCUUCUACUCUUCUUCAUUAUUCAUUAGUCUCAUCAAACAGAAAACAAACCUACGCUACGUCUAUUUUCUCUCUAGUGAAAAUUUCUCCAUCUUAUUAUGGGGACAGAUAUAGAACAAAGCCAAAAGGCAGGGUAUGCUACAAAAGAUUAUCACAGUCCACCACCGGAACCAUUUUUGGGAAUUGAAGAAUUAACCAAAUGGUCAUUUUACAGAGCUAUAAUUGCUGAGUUUGUUGCUACUCUGUUGUUUCUUUACAUUAUAGUUUCCACUAUUAUCGGUUACAAAAGCCAAACUGCUGGCGGUGAUGAUUGUGGCGGUGUCGGCGUCCUUGGUAUUGCAUGGGCUGUUGGUGGCAUGAUCUUUGUUCUUGUUUACUGCACCGCCGGUAUCUCUGGGGGACACAUUAACCCAGCGGUGACGUUUGGGUUGUUCUUAGCAAGGAAAGUGUCGCUAAUUAGAGCUGUAUUGUACCUGAUAGCCCAGUGCUUGGGUGCAAUCUGCGGUGUUGCUUUAGUAAGAGCCUUUCAGGAAUCCUACUAUGUCAAAUUUGGUGGUGCUGCUAACGAAUUAAACCUUGGAUACAGCAAAGGCACGGGAUUAGCUGCUGAAAUCAUCGGUACAUUCGUUCUUGUUUACACCGUCUUCUCAGCAACUGAUCCAAAGAGAAGCGCCAGAGACUCUCAUAUCCCGGUACUGGCACCACUACCAAUUGGAUUUGCUGUGUUCCUAGUUCACCUUGCAACUAUCCCAAUUACUGGAACUGGUAUCAACCCAGCUAGGAGUUUGGGAGCUGCUGUAAUUUACAACAACGGCAAAGCUUGGGAUGAUCAGUGGAUUUUCUGGGUGGGACCAUUUAUAGGUGCUGCCAUUGCUGCAUUUUAUCACAAGUACAUUCUUGGAGCUGAAGUAGUUAAGGCUCUUGGGUCAUUCAGAAGCAGUAGCCACAUCUAACUUUCCCCAUGUUGUUGUUGACUUAGUAAGAAGAGAAGUAAUGGAGGGGUAUCACUUGAGAUAGUCCUAUCCUAUGGAACUGUAGAUAGAUUUACUUGGAAGAUAACGAGGAAGGCUUUUAGUUUUUACCUUACGAUCUCAUUUCUUCCUUGGUUUUUCAGUUCGUCUCUUUGGAUAUAUAGCUAUGCUGUGUGUUUCUUCUAUUAGUCUUUGAACUCUAGCUUUUAAUUUUAUCUCUAUUUCUUACUCCCUCCAUUCCAAUUUACUUGAUGUUUUAGGGUUUAUUUUUGUUUCAAAAUAGAUGAUAGUUUUUGUA